GCUACAACCUAUAUUUCAAUCGAGUCAUCAGUUGAGCAAGGCAGAGCCUCAACAUUGUGACCGAUCCAUUGAGCAAAGGCUUCAUUGAACAUUCUUCACGCACACCCUCUCUCUCUCUAACCUCAAUCAAUUCCUCCCUCUCUUUCUCUGACAUGGACUUGUUAGCCAGCUAUGCUUCUUCAGAUGAAGAAGAAAAAGACCAGCCCCGGCCCCAGCAACGGCACCAAACUCCAGCCUCUCCUCCAGGAAAACCCUCUCUUUUCUCUUCUCUUCCGCAGCCCAAAUCUUCUUCUUCUCUCUUCUCUUCUCUUCCACAACCGAAACAAGAACCCGCCUCAAAACCCCAAGUUAUACCCGAAAACAACAACCUUAGAAUUGCUAAUUUCAAAGAAGAAGAUAAAAGGCCAACCGUCAAAUCUAGAACCUCUCUUUUCUCUUCUUUACCACAGCCAAAAACCGAAACUUUACAGCAGCCCACAUCAAAUUUAACACCUGCAGACAGUAAUCCCAAAAGGGUUGUUCAAUUUAAGCCUCCCAUUAACAGGCCUUCAAUUUUAGACGAGGAGGAAGAUGAGGAGGAGAAGAAGGAGAAGGAGAGAAAAAGAAAAAAGACUGAGUCUUUGUUGCAAUCUGAUUCUUCUUCAGUUAAGGGUUUCUUGUCUAGUAUACCUGCACCAAGAAAUUCAUCUUCUUUAGGGGUUGGUUCUUUGGGUUCUGGGUCUGGAAGGAGGUCUGUGAUUGAAUCUGAGGGGCCCACUUCAAUUUCUGGCGGUGUUGGAGCAGAAAAAGAAUCUGGGGUUGAUCAAAGUAGUGAGGGAUAUGAGAGUUAUGAUGGUGGUUAUGUAGGUUUUGAUCACAAUGGAGGGGAUUAUGUGAAUUAUGGUAGUUAUGAAUCUGGGACUGAUCAAAGUGUUGCUCAAAAUGUUGGUGGUGGAGGGUAUGAGAGUUAUGGUGGUUAUGGAGAUUCUGGGCAGUAUGGGAGUAAUUGGGAUGAUGGGUCAGUGGCAGCAGUGGCUGAGACCGGAAGUGGGGGGGCAGCUGAAAGUGCAUUGAGAAUGAUGGGGAAGAGAAGAAGGAAUGAGAUGCCAACUGAAAUUAUUGAGGUGAAGCAGGAUGAGUUGAUUAAGAAUCGACCAAGGGAGGACCAGGUUAAGUCAACUGGAAUCGCAUUUGGCCCAGCUUAUCAGCCUGCUUCAUCUAAAGGGAAGCCAUCGAAACUGCACAAGAGGAAGCAUCAAAUUGGUACUUUGUACUUUGAUAUGAAGCAGAAGGAGACAGAAUUGGCAGAGCGGCGUUCCAAAGGGUUUCUCACUAAAGCUGAAACACAUGCCAAGUAUGGAUGGUGAUUUUGAGAUGAUUUCCAUUUUUCUGGUAUCAAACGGCUGAUGUUGGCUCCCCUCAGAUGUUAUUGUGUUUUUGCUAUUAUUUUCGCUGCACUUUUCUUUUUUUCUUUCGUCCCGCAAAGAGCCAUGCUGAUGGUUAUAACUUACUAGUAGUGUAAUUAUGCUAGCACUGUUUUAGAAUGUCUCAAGGUGACGAUGAACUUAAUAGCAUCUGAUUCUGCUCAUGGGAAAAAA